CUUAACUGCUGGAAGGCGCCAGGCUGCCAUUCAUCAACUCUUUUAUCUACAAAAGGAUGACAAUAUGAUCCUCAAGUCGAACCGCAGCGUGAAUUGUUCCCGAGUGGAUCGUCUCUCGAGGAGGAACCGAGGCAAGUGUCUGGAUAUGACUUGUCUUUGAGAGCUCAAGAACUGUUUAGACAGCGUGUGGCCAGGCCAUUCAUGGUGAUGCACUCCGCACUAGAUUGGCGUUUUACGGGGUGAUCGGGCUCCAUUUCUCGUCUCUUGUUGCUCUAUUCUACGUCUCGUGGUAGAUGCAGCACAUGGUGCAGGCAUCUGGACUCUGGACACCGCAUCUGCCACGGAGCGAGUAUACCAGCGGGAUCUCGAAGUUUUUGGCGCUUCGUCUUUGGGACCAACGAAUUUGCGUCGUCGGCUUGGCGGAAGAUGAGGCCAAAUCUCGCUAACUCAAUGUUGACAACCAAGUUUCAGGUCUCUUGCGACUGCAUGGUGAAUGUAUUCUCUCUCUAUCCGAUGUGCCUCGUUUCAGGCAGUAACAGGACGGACAUGACCUGCGCACAUCGACUCCCAUGUCCCAGAAUCACAGAGGACUAACUCACUCGAGAGAUUAUGUCCGCUCGCUGAACUGAGUGCGCGCCUCGUGGUUAACCCAAUACCUCGACCAGCUUCCAUUUCCAGCACACUGGGCAACUCACGACGAGGACCUCAAGAUGUACACCAGUGCACUGGGGUGCGUUUGAGGCUCUGGGUGAUCUGGCAGCUAUCGGAUGCCAGCAAUGCUUAGAACAUGCUGCCCUUGAGUCAAAAACAAUUGGGGAACUCCAUGGUUCAUCUGGCUACUGAUGCAUCUCGCUGCCAGUCAAGAGGGGCGAACAUCAGGUUUCUCCGAACCUUUGCCUGUGGAAUUCAAGAUCGGAUCGGAAAGAGAGGUUUCAAGCUGACUGUCCCAUCGCCAGCCUCACGGGGACUGCUGUUCGUUCAUACGAUCUUUGGACGACCGUUAAAAUACAAGGACGACACACCUGUCAGAUGUCAACUUCGUUCGGCUGACUCGCAGAAUGCAACUCCAUCUGUCCGCGCUCAUGGUCUUACUACAGGUUGGGAAGCGCGUCAAGCUCGACAUUUCGCAGACCGCCGGGUUCUCCCUCUGCAUCGAUUGUCGGAAAACAGCGGCUAGCGUUAUCAGUCCCCGAACACCCGUCUCUUUCUCUGCGGUUCUGACUGGCCACGGCAGCAUCAUUCUCAUUCACUGCUCGGUUCUCAUCAAAUGAAAUGGUCAACUCAGUCAGGUGAGACGCCAUUAUUGACUUAUGUAUCUCAGGGUUGCUGUUCGUCUCGGAAGGGUAUAUGGAUGGAUGGGACAAGAAGACUCUUCUCCGUCUCAGUGAAACCAAGGCGAGGUGCAGACUCCAGAGCCUUGACGUAGAAAUACACGUGACCUCAAUUGAUAUCAUUUAAUUUCCC